GCGGAAGAGACGAAGGAGGAAGGAGACGCUCCACGUCACUGAGGUGUAAUAUCGGCGUCAGUGCAACACAAGGUGCUACCUCAGUACGAUUCCAGUACCAUUGUACAACCACACGUCCUCAUGUAGGAUAGAACAACUCGCGUGACCACAAAGCGAAAGGUUUACUCCGCCGCUUUCUGCUCCACAACGGGCCUCGGCGGAGACUUCCAGGAACCCCCGCUGAAGAGUGUCCCACUGUUUCAGCUUCUAGAUGGGUGAAUCAGGCUCACGCCGUUCCACACUUGUUUCCCGCCUGCCAAUUUUCCGCCGCAGCAACAGUAAGAGGCAGGAGUCUCUCCCCUCCUCUCCAUCCUCAGGCGGAGUGGGAAAUGGCGUCCACACGUCCUCGCCUUCCAGCACCAACUCCAGUUCAGGCAGCACCGGGAAACGCCGGAGCAUUUUCCGCACUCCGUCUCUCAGUUUCUCAGCUAAACGAAACAGUGAUCCACGUGUCCAGCCUAUCAACCUAAACCUCACUCCUCCCCUGUCGCAGAGCACUGACGCAAAUGGAAACAACCAGCAAACAAUAACAACGUCAGCGUCCACAGCGUUCAGCGAUAGUAGCGGUGGGCGCCCUAAGUCACGCCACUCAUUUGGGUUUGGCAGCCACAGGCAAAAGAAAAUAACCCGCUCUCAGACUGAGGACUUUGAAAAGGCUUCCUCAUCCUCCUCCACAACCAAUCGAAAUGUGUUCAUCAACUGCAUCAGCGGCUCAGGGGCCAACGAAGGUGACGACUCCGGCUUCCUCGAUGACUACAGCGGUGGCAGUAAUAACAACAAACGGUCAACACGCCAGAAGAAACAACUUCUGCCCAAGUCUUUCUCAGCUCACCACCGCUUCUCCCGGACAUCUGAUCACCACAGACCUCCAGAAGUAAACCUGGAACCUCCGAGUUCUACAACCGUCACUCCGGGGGCAGGAGGGCUCACCCCGGGGUCAUGGCCCGGUGAACUGCUCGGUGCCGGUGGUGAGAGCUCCCUCCAAUCCCCUAUGAUAUCAGAGGAUCGAACCACCGCCAUCACCCCUUCAGAGUUUAUUCCCAUCACAGAAGACUCUGUAUCCGAGGUGGAUGCGCUGCCAGCUCCAAGCCCUGCUUCUGGUGUGGAACCAGGACCUGCCUCUGUGCCUGGGCCUGCUACUGACACGACUCCACCUGACCCACCACCCGCUCCGGAGAACUUCAGCGUGGCCGUCUCUACCUCCCAGGUUUUCUUCACUCCAGCCCAGUCCAGUGCUGAAAAACCAUUACUCCCUGAUACCAGCACAGCCAACAACACAGACUAUGAGACUGCCAUUUCCCUCUCAGAACCAGAGACAGCUGUACCCUGCGCACCUCUGCAGGAACAAUCACUGGAAGAGAGGAAGGAGAGAGAGGAGGAAAGAAAGGAAGCGAGGAAAGAGGUGCCAGCCGAAAAGAGGAAGGAGUUAGUCCAGGAGAGGAAGACAGGCUACCACACAGAGACCACGAGUGAGAGCGAGGCCUGUGUGGUGCGCAGUGAGGGUUGUCACUCUAACCCCGAGCAGUCGGAAAGGAGGGCGAGAAACACGCUCUCUGUUCAAGAAAGAGGAAGCUUCUGUGGCUGCCAUGAACCCAGGUCCUCUCACUUGAGGAAACCGCAUGCAGCUUCUCUUUGUAGCAGUGUCAGCCCCUACCAUGAGGUGAUGCGGAUGGAAAGGCGUCUGCGCUCCUCGUCUGAGGGGGCUGGUGGGCCUCGUAUCCAUGGAAACCACAGAGAUGCCCCGGGCUUGGAGGGAUGCGGUUUGCUUAAACACAGAAACAACUCCUCAUCAUCUAAACUGGGAAGUCUGGAUGUUCUAAACAACCUCGGCUCCUCAGAGCUGGAUGAAGACGAUCUCAUGUUAGACCUGGACCUCUCUGAUGAUCAGCGACAUCGACACGUGUCCAGAGAAGACUCCAGCCAGUCCCUCGCCUCCUGUCUCAACCUGCUCCCUUCGCCUUUGGACGCAUCUGGAGAUCGCAUUGUGGGGAAAGAAAACAAUCAAAGGGAACCCAACCGUCCGACCAGCCUGCUGCCCGCCGACUGGAGCGCAGGGCUGGUUUUAGGGAGGGAAGAUGACCCCUUACCUCCGGGGCUCGAGGCCCUUCCACUCAGACUGAUGCAGCAGGACUGCACUGCUGUCAAAACCCUGCUGUUAAGACUGAGACGGACACUGCAGGAGAGCACAGAGACAAGUCCUGCCAGCAGCCUCCAGUCUCUACCCAUUAGCCCUUGCAGCGAGAAGUCCCUUCCAUUUAAGGAUCCCAGUAGAGAAGAAGUCUUGCUGCAACAGCUGAGGGAGAAAGAUGAGCUGAUUCUCAGACUCCAGAGUGAACUGGAGAGUGCCAAAGCUGCCCUGAAGAUGAAAGACUGCCAAAUGACUGACCGCACAACACAGACAGAACACAUGGGGCCAGAGACCAAUCAUCCAGGCCGGUGGUCAGGACUAGGCAACAGCAGCAGCCUGGCUCCAAGGGACCGAAGGGUAGCGCGGGGUUUGGGGGCAGCACUCGGAGGGGACCUCUCUAACCAGCACCUCCCCCACCACCACCCGCCUCUGCACGGUCGGCCCACCGCGUCCGAGCGACACACUGCCAGGGAGGAGCGCCACUGCCAGGGGGUCUUGGCACAACCCGCAGCCCGUAACCCUGCUCCAAACCCGUCUCCAGGCUCCUCUAACCUGUCCUCUGCCACUUCUGCGGCGUCAGCCCAAGCCUCCUCCGCCACACCUGCCCAGCUUCAAGUUUCACACGCGGGCCUUAGUCCAAAUCAAUAUUCAGGCUCCGCUAUGGUGGCUGCUAAUCACACUCCAGUUCCAGAAGGGGUGUCUUCCUCAUCUGAGUCCUUAACUCCAGGAGGAGUGAGUCUGUCAGGUGGGCUAAGGAGAGGAGGAGGAGGAGGAGGAGAUCACCAUCCCGCGAGUCACAUCCCUCGUGCGGUCGGGGCCAGCGCCUCUUCCAGCCUCCACAGUCUGGCGAGCAGAGGGAGCCCCUCUCCGAGCGUCUCGUCGUCCGACCAAGCCUCCCCUCCGCCUCCCACUCCGUCCUCAGCCUCCUCUGCUUCCUCCUCAUCCUCCACAUUUACCGGCCGUUUAGGACAGCCACCCCGAGGCCCUCUGUCUCUGCAUAGCUACACUCGUAAAAACGUCUUCCUCCAACAUUCCCUACAUACUGCCGAACUGCAAGCGCUGACGCAGAGAGACAGUUGAGGGCAAACAAACAUUCGCACCAUUCCAACCACUAGCAGCCCUUUCAUCAACCCAAGUGACGACAUGUGUGGCUUCAAAGAAAAACUGCUGCUCCUUCUGUAAAAGUUGCUCGUGUUUCACUGUUCCCCCCCCAAACGAAUCAUCAACCACAUGCGCUUACAAUCACACUCGUCUCUCUUUGCAAUCCAGACCAGCCCUUGGGUGACAUUUUGUUCAUAGAUUUGCUCACUUAAACACACACUCAUAUGCUAGCACGCACACACACACACACACACAGAUCGGGCUGCGAAAAAAGGCACUCACCCGUCUAUCAGAACUCCCACGUUGUGUCAUGCUGACAGUUUAGAUGUGCUUACGCCCACAGAUGCACAAAGUGCACCCAGACUCACAACCUCAUAUCCAUGCACACGUACACAAGCGUAGUCUGGCACACUUCGACACACACUCUGACACAAAGACGUCAUGUGCGGUAACUGUUCGCUUCACCAUCUGCACAAAUAACAGGGUGUUACAAAUGAAUGAAGAGAUGAGCAUUGUUCAUUUUGUGUCCAUUUAUUUGAUCCAUUUUUAACCAGUAAAAAACCAUUUGCUGCUUAAGGAACUAUGGGACUGACCGUAGUUGACGCUCUCACAUUGCCAAAUCCUACAUCAGAUCAAAUCCUUGACGUCCACGUGAAGAGGCGUUUAGAUGAGCAUCCACAGAUCCUUUUACUGCAUGCUUUUGGAAAUUUAGGGGGGAAAAAAACAUACAGCUGAGCAUUUUGUACUGCAACAAAACUGGGGGUUGGGAUGACUUUUCAUAAUAAUGUCUCAGUAUCAACUUUCAUCUCAGUGUUUCAGGAAGGGACUCAGACAACCUCCAAGACAUUAUCCUGUUUGUAUAGUGUUUUGAGACAGAAACGGCUCUCCUGCUGACAUAAACAAUUAGAUGUAUUCUUGACUUAAUACUAGACCACUGUUCUUUGUAGAAAUGUCGCAAUAUUACCCUCAUUAUAUAAAAGAAUCCAUGUUAGAGUAGUACGGUGCAGUCCAAAUGAGGCGUUUCAUUCUGAGAUGAGAUACCUGACGCGUAUAUAAGCUAACAAAACAAAAUACUUAAGACAAUAAGUUUGAGCAGAAUAAGAUUUUUCAAUUUGGCAAAACCCAGCCUUAAUUUUUUUCUCGAAACAGAGAAAAAAAAAAGCUAUCAGAUGUUGGAAUGAAUCCCUCUGAGUCUAAAUGACGGCGUCAAUAUCCAUUUUUAGGAUUCAGAAAGAAACAUUUCUGAAAUAAAUGGCAUUACAGUCCACAGACAUGUUUUCUGUUACAAGUUUACCGAAGCAGUCGAUUUAGUCAGUUUAGGAAAAAAAAGCUAAUGAUGGAACAAAUAUUGCACAGAAAGUUGUUUAUCAAAUAUCAAAAAGGAAGAAAAAAAAAACACAUUUUAUAAACUAUCCUAUAGGUAAAAAAAAAAAAAGCAUGAGUUUUUCACUCAUAUGUUUCAGCCUCCUUUUAUCUUCCUGAUCUCAGAUGUUGGUUACAUUUAUACAAACUGACCUAACGAGAUGUCUGUCGGUAUAAUAAGGCGAGCGGUUCUGUUGGUUUGGACACUGACGGAUAGCUUUUUGAGUGAAAUUUACAUUAACUGUAACUGCCGUGACCCGCUGAGUCUUACAUUAUUCACACUUUGGGGACAAUACGUGUCACAAUUUAAUAAGUGAGAAAACCCACCUUUUUUUUACAACUGGGCCGCAUAACAACUUGUUCAAUCUGCCGCUGCUGAAUAAAUUUGCUCUGUUGAAAUGACAAGACUAUUGAACAAUCCCAUCCUCCCCCCGCCCCUCGGAGGCUUUGGGGUAAACAAAUAUUACAGUGUCAGCCUGGAGGUGGGAGCGUCGCCCUGCUGCUGAAUGCGGGCGAAGCGGUUCACGCUUUCCCGGCGUCUACGGGCCAUGUUAGAUUUCGGAGAAGUUGUUGACCUUGUCUGUCCCUAAAUGGCACCCGGCUGCAGGGCGGCUGUGUAAACCGUGUGUGUUGUAAUGCACACCUCAUGAGGCGAGGACCAGGCAGAGGUGAAGAGCCUGGAGGAAGGCAGCUCUGCUCCCGGCGGCGGAGGCUUUGCUUCCACACCGUUUCCUCCCCUUUUUUUAUCCUCUGUCUCCACCCUGUUUUCUUAUUUUCCCAUCUACUUCCUCUCCCUCUGCAGUGCAUUUGCCUCCCUCUGUCCCCCAGCAUCCCUCUCCCUCGCAUACAAACUGUAGCUGCUUUUGUUCCUCUUCUUUUUUUUUUUUUUCCUCACCCGCUAUCUUCCUUUUGCGCCUCCCUCUAUCAUCUCCCAGGUCUCUUCUUCUCUCUAUCUCUCUCCUCUGCCUAGCCUACUUACCCGGAGCUUUGUAUUGUCAUUCAGUGUAUAUGUUACAGACUCUGGUUGCAGUGGCUCUCAGUUCUGGGCUUUGGGACCUGCAGCGCUGACGAUUUUCAUUCCAGCUUUCUAAUCAGGGAGUAAUUUUACACCUGGUAAAUGCAAUUAACUACCUAGUAGGAUAGACGGGCAGCAGUAAUGUGGCUCCCGAGGACUUGGACUGAGAACUGCGGCUGUAAUUUCAACUAAACAUUCCCCCGCUCGGUUUGUCUACUACAGGUGGAGGGCAACAAUGCUUUGUCGCCGGCUAACCUCUUUUAAGAAAUGCACCCCUCAUCGGUGCAUGCAUCAUAAUGUAGUUGACACCGUGCGAAAUGCUUGCGAGAGAGUAUUUAACCCUGUUUGCACUGCCCACUCAGAUUUUAUUUUUUCACCACGUUGGAUACAGCUGCGCUCAUUUCAGCCGCGUUCAAAAUUGGGAGCGCAGAGCCACUUCUGCCGGAUUUGUUCCGUGUAGAGGCCACGUCUGAGCCGGCAGUUCGAAACGCGGUCUGUCACUAAGACGUUUUUAACUUCCAAAUUGAAAACCAAUGGGAGAGUUUCACUGCUGGGAAUCAAGGGUCUGUAAAAAAUCAGCACACCUCAUAAACCUCAGUUCUUCAUUUUUUACUGAGCAGCAUGUUGCGCUUUUAAGACACUACAAUGCAUUUGUUGGGAGGUUAUUUAUUGUUUUUAUUUUUAUUUUUUUGCCUUAUUUAUAUUUAUUGCCACUUUUCCUGAGAAGCAUCUUGGCACUAAUAAAUAAAGAUAGUAGUCAUGAUAGUAAUCAUGAUGGACAUGACAAUAAUAAUAAUAAUCAUGUUAUUGUUAUGAUUUGAUUCAAUCACAGGUUUUAUGCUGUCGUAGCUCUUUAAUGUUCUGAUCGUCUUUUUGUUUUCUUUCCUUUCGAGUCGCUGUAAUAAUUAAAUUGUAUAAUUGUACAUAAAUUAUUGAUUCAUUGGUAUUAAUGAACAGUUUGAGUUCACAUGAAUGGGGGUUAAUCAUAGGGGUCACAUAUGUCUUCAGUUGCCACAUGAGAGUUUAAAACACAGAAUGAUUUUUAUUUAUUUUUAUUUUUUCUCCAUCGACAAGUGUCAAGUGCAGUCAGAGGUCUGAGCUAUUACCAAAGAGUUUCAGGCUAGAGUUACACACCAGAAAACAAACUUGACAACAGUAAUAAAUCCCAUGUUAAACUUCACAUGUGAAAGCCUGCUCGCUCCUUCAUAGAUGUGUCCGGUCGGUGAUUCAGCUUUUUUCCUUCUUCGAAAUCCCGCCUUUUGCACAUUUGGCUGCUCGAGAUGACUUUGAAAGACUUUGCGAACUUGUGCGUCAGAAAAGUGGAUGAUGAUAAUCUUUUAAAGCUGCUUUUUGCUGUUCAGGUUGACAUCUAUGUCUAAGUAUAUAAAGCUAUUGGGUACACUCAUACUGUGAAACCAGUUAGCCUAUAAAUUCAUUCAACCUAAUCCACCCACACGAAUUUGGAGGAACAAAAGAACUCUGCCUUUGUGGAGUUGUUUUUUCCAAAUUGUGUGGGCCUUCUAAUUUUAUCUCUUUGACAAGAACUUCUUUGAAUGGGCUAAUCUACGGUUGAAAGUCCUUGCAGUGUAUGUUUACCCAAAGUAUUUCUCUUUAGUUUUUUUUUGUCCGGCAUAGUUUUUUUGUCACUGUCACAAUUGUUUGUUCACAUGAGAAAAAUGUUUUAUCAAAAGGUUUUUGUCCACUGUGUCCUUAUUGCUAAUAUUUAAUACAAUUAAAAUUCAUGAAAACAUUUA